AAUCAGCUGGACUUUGGCCCCAGAUUCUGCCCAGCGAGCUCUGCGCGUGAUGCACAGAGAACUAUCUCUAGGCAUCCGUCAAUGGAGUGAUCCACACACUUUUCAGAGGUUGUGCUGUGAUGAAGGACAGAUUCUUAGGCAAGGAGGACGAAAUGGAGGAGAAGAGCAGCUUGCGAAGAGCCCAGUCUCUCAGAAGUGUUUCAUCUGAUCAUGUCCUGACCUGGACUGAAGCUGGACUCAGAGACAAGAGGAAAUCUGUCUCUCAGCUUGUGGCACAGUAUCAGAACUCUCCUGAAAGAAAAACUAAAGAAGUUGUUUCACGGGAAAUCAAGCAUGAGUUGAGCAUGCAGAUUACACCAAUCCCUGUCACUGAGAAUGGCAGCAAAACUGAGACACCAGACAAGACAACUGAUGUCAAAGAAUGGCCCAAAAUUUCUCCUCUGUCCCGCAGUAAGUCUAUGGAGAGCCUCCCUCGGCACAGACCUACAGGUACCACAGCUCUCAGAGCCCUGUUUGAGUCAAAAGUAACCAACCAGCCUGAAUCAAAGAGCAGCAAGACUACUCUAGAGUCAGUGGUGGGCAACGAGAGAGACAAAAACACCACUCUUACCAGUACUCGUCCUAUUGACAAGGAUGCUGAGGACACAAAAACUCUAGCAGAGACAGAGGUUUAUAACAAUCAUGAUGAACAAGAGACUGAAGAGUUUCAAGUGAUUAUGAAGAGUGGAAGAACUAAGGAGAUAAUAACCCAAUCGGAUAGAAGAAAGACCAUUUCUGGCAUUUACAGUGAAAAAAGAUCCUUUCCAGAGGAGGAUAAGAGAAGGUCAGUUGCAGAUUUCAGAGACAACUCGGCCCUCUACGCACCAGAGAAACCCUCUAUUUCUGUCAAAGCUUUGUCUGCCCUAUAUCUGUCCAAAGUGGCAGCUGCAGAACCUGCAGGAAACCUCCCGAAAGCAGACCAGAAUCCCACAUCUCCAGUUGGAAAAAGGCCAACAUCAAACAAGUUUCAGCCGGCGGCUCAGGAAACAUGCUCAGCCUGUCUGAAACCUGUUUACCCUAUGGAGAGAAUGGCAGCGGAUAAACUUAUUUUUCACAAAACCUGCUUCUGCUGCAAACACUGCAACAAAAAACUGAGUCUUCAAGGCUACGCUCCUCUCUAUGGUGAAUUCUACUGUGUUUUCCACUAUCAGCAGCUUUUCAAGAGAAAGGGUAAUUACGAUGAAGGAUUCGGCCGUCAGCAGCAUAAAGACCGCUGGAUACAGAGGAAUGACACUAACGUCAUUUAGAGCCACUGAACAAGUAUAUGAGUCAUAACCUUCACAUAGCAGAUGGUCUGAUGUAGGCCAAUAUGAUUUGUUGUACUUUUUUGGAUUGUGUAUCAGGAAAUAUAAAUCAAUGCAAGGGUAUAAUGUGAUUUUAGAAAGCAGUUUAUACCUAUAAAUCUGUAUCACUCCAUAUGUUCUAAAGUCUUUAUGGUUGAUAUGCUUGAGAGAAGCACCAUAAAUAUAAGUGGUUGCAAAAAUGCUACACACCUGGCCGAUGAAUGUUAAUAAUUUCAAAACAAAUGUACCAAAAGCAUGGAUGUCAAGGAUAAUCAGAUAUGAAGAUGUGUACAUAGUUCUUUUUUGUUUGUAUGUUUCUUUAUUAUUAUAAUUGCUGAAGUUAAUUGCAGAAGUUAUAAAUACAUUACCAAAUUUCGUUGGUGCCUAUUAAUAAAUUCAUUUUUUUCAUCUGAAGAGUACUAAAUAAAAACACUCAUAUAUCAUAAA